AUGAGCAAACGCAAGAACUGCUUUCCUUUAAAUUGCGAUUCAAAUCUCGGAUUCAACGAUGAACAGAAGAAUGGUGGGAAGAAAUUGAAACUAAUGCCAAGGAAUGUUCGAAUAGUUUUGAUUGAUUUUUCAAAUUCUUUUUUUCGUGUUGGUGAUGAUGAUCAAAAUGAGAUUCGGAGAUGGGAAUUGUUGUUGAAAAAGAAAUUUUCAUUGCAACAAGAAGGAAAGAAGAAAUGGUUAUUGAAUCGAGAAUUGAAAUAUAAACAUUUCUUUCCAAUUGAAUUCAUGAAUGACAAGGAAUUUGUACUGAAUCACACCAAAAAGUAUGGUUAUGGAUUGGAAUUUGCAUCACCAAAGCUGAAACAAGACAGAGAUUUCUUGAUGCAAGUGAUCCAAUUGAGCAAAGAUGGAUUUAAAGUGGAUGUGGGGAAUUAA